AUUCACAGAAGCGUUCGAAAAAAACGAAGAUAAAAAUUUAGUGCAGAUAUUACAAUAGUUUCGUAAUGAUAUCGUGCUAUAAAGAUAACAUGUAAAUUAUUUUUGUAGUCUUAAUCGCAAACAGUGGCCUUUUGAAAUUUAUUAUGACGUAAGGGAAUUCUGCAAAAUACCUGUUUUCAUUAUCUUAUAUUUACGUGGUAGGUAGGAUAAAGGCCCGAAUCAUUCCGGUUUCUAAUAGUCUUCUUUAGGGCGAAGAUGUCAUCGAAGCACCUCACCAUAUUUUUAUAUAAUAAAUAAAGUACCUCUAUUCGUCGUAGCGGUCACUAUACUACUAGAAAUUGUUUCGGGGAAAUUACAUACUCCAAUUGGCAACCCUAUGGUUUUUCAAUGCGCACUUUCAUCAUGGUUUGCUCUAAAUAGGAUGCUAUUAUCUACUGCGCGAUGAGGUAUCAUCAGUUCACCAACCUCACGGUUAUGUUCUUUCCUAUUAACCUCUUAAAUUGACGAUAUACUGUGCAGUCGACGGUAUUACAGCGGCCCGAAAUUCCCCGCUGGGUGAAGUCUACCUCUACGACUGAAUGUAGAGUUACUACUACAGGUUUCCAUUCGGAUAACGCUCAGUCAAGUCAAUCCUCGUUAAUGCUGUGAUCGUUAAGAGGUGCUGAGCCGACCGUUAUUUACCGUCUUUGUUCCCUCUUUGUCGUUUGCUGUUUGGUCUUCUUGCUUUUUCUUGCCCUUGGACUUUUCCCUUUGCCUUUACCGUUUUUCUGAUGUGGCUGUUGCCGUUCUCCGCAUUUUCCUAUUUCCUAUAUGAAUAAUCUUGUCUUGUUUGUCCGCUUGCUGUACUUUCAUUUUCAUUCAUAUCUUUACUUUUUUCCAUUCGUUGCUUUUUGAGCCGGUUGCACGAAACCAGCCACAUCAGGCUCCGCUCUGUUCCCCACGAGAGUCGAGUAGAGCGCGGUACAAACGUCGUUGCCGUCAUAAACUUGCUCGUAGCUGUAGCGAGAUGGAAGAGGCUGAACGUUUCCUGUAAGACUCAUGGGGCGCCAUACGGAUACUUACGGCUCGUGCAAAGCUGUCGUUGUAAAGGCGUGAGCGUGCUCAUAUCUGAACUUGCCUGUGUCUUGAUUGUUUCCGUCUUAAUUUCUAUCUGUCGUUCUUUAUUUGAAGCAUUUUCAAUGAAAGAAGUUUAAAGUCUGCAUUUACAGACUUCUGCUUUUGCUGCACUACCCCUUGAGAAAGGGACAGGUCUUAAGAAGAGGGCGCUCGUGUGCGAAGGCAAAACGAGGGAUCUACGAGACGAAAGCAGACGACGCGAAAGGCCCUCUCGUUUCUUCUGGUUAUGUUCGUUGGCUCGUUGGGUUCGGCCUUGGUUGUCCUGCGGGUGCCUGGCAAUUCGAUGCCAUUUUCUUUCAGGUGAGGUAACACGAAGGAGGAGGAGGGCUGUUUGUGGGGAAACAGUAUAUGCUGGGCAUUGGGCAUUGGCGUUAGGGACAGCUAACGAUGAGGCGGUGGAGGCAACGGCAAGAGCGGAGAUGGCGCUCCGAAAGCAUUUUGGGUGAGGGAAGAGACCUAUUAAAAGCCUUGGCUUAGGUUUGAAUAAAAGCCUUGCUGCUCAGAAAGAGCACGAGUACCAGCAGCGGCAGGAAGAAAGGAGUGGAUGGAAUCAGGUAACCGACAAGCAGGAAGAUCUUUGCCUUCCACUAGUGAAUCUCCGCCCUUUCGCGCCACGAUGCUCUGCGUUCCUAUCGCCUGCUGGCGCUGCUGCUGUUGACCGAAAGCUCGAGGGCUGCUGUUCGCCUCUGCCGUUCGGUGGCUAGUCGCUCGAUCCACAGCAGCAGCGGGUCCGAGCAACGGACGGAAGGACCGACGACAGGGUUCCUGCAGCAGCAGCAGGCUUCUUGGUGUAGGCAACAAGGUUGCGCGGCGGUUGGCUGCCUGCUUGCUGGAAAUCAGCAUUGAUUACGGCGUCUCAGUACUCAAAUUCGUCGUCACAGAAGUUAUAGCGUCAGAAGCGGGAGCCGGACCACAAUUGCAGCGGCCAAAGCCGUCGUCGUCGCCGAAAGACGAAGAAUCACCGUUUUGGAUUUUGGGAUUGUCUUGCUCUCUCGUUACGAUCCUCGCCUGCGUUGGUUGGCCGCCCAUGUUAUUGCCCCCUGUCGUCCCUCACUGCUGCGUGCAUUCGAGUGAUAGCAAGAGUAAAAAUAAUAAUAAUCGCUAUAAUACUAAUAUUGAUGAUUUCGUGAGCGUCGUGUCGUGUCGUCGUUGUUCUUCGUGGUGGUCGCCAUCGUCGUCAAGUUCAUCGAUUUCUUCCUCCGCUUCCUCCGCAGCAUCAAGCGCACUUUGUUCUUUUUCAGUGCUGACGCUAAUUAACAAAAUUACUGCGGCUACUGUUAGUGUUACCGCUACGAUAGAGACUACUGCAACCAGUGCUAUUUCCACGGGUUUUUCCUGUUGUUGUUGUUGUUGCUGUUGUUGUUUUUGUUGUUCUCGUCGUCUUUCUGCCGAUCGAGCUCAUCCUCUAAUUCUCCGUCUUCACCAGCUUGACAAUUCUGUGACGCCGCGCCAUCCCCGCAUUCGCGUAGUCGGCAGCGGUAAUCGUCGGCGUUGUCGACCGAGAGGCGACGGUGCUCCGACGGGACGACACUGCGUAGGCGGAACGCAGGUGGCGCCAAGCUGAUCGAGGAGCAUAGGCGAUGCCGUCACGAGAUUGCGGGGAGCAGGAGCCCGCCGAGCGCUGCUUCCGAAGCUGUCAGGCGGUCGAGGUUGAGGCCAAGGCACGAGUCGACGCCUGCAGUCGCUGCACUUUUAGGCGAGUACGAAAAUCCAGCAACACUGCUGACCGGAUGAAUGAAUGAAGACGAAACUGGCAGCUACACCCGUCGCAACGAAGAAGCAAAAGAACCCCGUCCUCGUAAUUAGGCCAGGCCAGCUGAAGUCGUAGGUGCGGACAUGAGUGGUUUAGCGGCGUGCCGGCGGUGUCAUCCGAGGCCGCACGUUAACGUGCAUCCGAGGUCGUUUCAACGAGGUGAGGUGCGGCGCCCUCAGCACCGAAGCUGAAGACGUGAAAGGCCGCAGGCCACCAUAGCCAAUCGCCAAUCAACGUCACUAUUACCGCCUACGGAGAGUGCACGAAGGUUAGACACGGAGCGAACGCAGACGGACGCACAUCACGGACGGGUUCCAACUGCGGAACAUAGGGCAGCGUCGCGACGCAACAUCGAAGGAGGUGAACCGAAAACAAAACUACAAAAAAUCAACUGAGCAAAAAAGGGCGAGAACUGAUUACCAAAAUGGUCGCCUGAACCUAAGUUGCGGCCAGCUGCUAAGUUCAUAACAACUGAGAACCUGCCGUGUUGGCCUUCACUCGGUAGACGAGGCCAAAAACUAGGAGGCUAGAAAAGAAAGAGCAGUACAAAGACCACCAAAAAGAACACUACGAGCAGCGAGUUAAAAAAAAAUAUAGGGUCUUCCUUAGUCUUACAAAGCCACUGCUCAACGGUCAAAGCCACACGACACAGCAGGCCACAUUUAAUGCACUGUUUGGUCUACUGUAGAAUAGAACAAUACACAAUCGCAAGGCGCAGGGGAGAAUGUGAAAGCGGCCACAACAAAAGCUCAAACUUUGACCAGAAUUCAAAAGACGCUGAAGAUACUUCUAAGCAGCAUUGACUGCCACGUUGACACACACCGAAAUAAAAACAAAUUUCUGCACUGCAGUAAGAGGAAACGAGCAGCUAUCGUGUCCCUCGCCGUCUCUAUUUGUUACCUCUCUUUCUUAAUUAACUUACGUUCCGCUAAUUUCUAAGUUGUUGUUGCUGACCAUAGGCAGCAAUGAUAAAACAGAUUGUUGAGUAGUGACUCUAAAGCGAUUCAAGAAGGUCAUAACUAUCUAUAUUCUAUAGAAGUUUUUGUUUAAAAGAAGACAGCAAACUAACUUCAACGCAAGUCAACGGGAUAACUGUUCUGGCGACAACAUGAUUCUGUGUUACGCUUCCUGAGUUGUCAUUGUAACCAACGUACAUCUCUGUCCGUUCCAACUGCGUACUCAAAAAAAUCUCUCGUCGCUGUCCUUUCUGAACCUUCGUUGAGGUCGAGUCCCAUUAGUCUACCUCUUUCUCCUGUCCUGCCAUUUUCUCGUCACACCGGAUUGGUCGAGGUUGGGCCUCAAGAAGAUCGAGGUGGUUAAGUUCUAUCUAUCAAUAUAUCGGGGACUCCGUUCAUCAUCUGUUAUCAUUCGUUUAUUAAGUCUCUCCUUCUAAGCUCGAUUCGUACGUCUACGGACACAUUAACUGCACUACACUCAUUAUCGACGUCGCAGGCGACUCGUCUAUCUUACCACCGACAAACGAAAACGAUAGAACGUCAAAACCUAGGAAGAACAACCAAGACGGUCAUCUAGCAAAGGUCACACGAAAAGGCGCCAAACUAUUUUGUAGUAUAGGUAGAUGUUGAAUAGAAUACAAAGCUUCGGCAUCGGCAUCGGACUAAAAGCGCAACUAAAUAUUGGCAGUAAAAAGGAAGCAUAGGCAGGCAAAACAUACGCGUGAAAAAUAGCAGAAAUCUCGCGGCCCUCAAUAGCUUUCCAGAUAUUCUUAUUCACUCAACGGUAAAUAACAUGCAAGACCUUCAGUUCACAGCAAACUGACGACAGCAGAAAAGUUUAGUCAACUAAAAAUACUUGCUAGAGUCAAGACACCAGCAGAUACACAGAAUGAACGGAUGGCUUCCAGCAGUUCAUGCAAUGUCGGCAUGAAAUCACUCUCCUCCUCUUAAUAAAUGUUGGCCUUAUCAAUAACAAACAGUAGCGGCAUAAUGACCAAUUAUCCCAGAACCAAGACCGACCCAAACUACAAUUUGUCCAUCAUAUCGAGGGGGGCAAAAAACUGAAGCCCCUUGUUAGAUCUGAACAGCGGAAAAGGAACAAAACCAAACACAGUUGAAACCCAGCCGCGGGCAAACCACAACAAUACAAGGCAUCAUCUCAAUUAGAUCGAGGUGACGUAGCCUGAGAAAACCUGUCGUCCGAUUUUACUCCGUCGAAUUUCGUUUGUAUCCAGCAUUUUUUCACUGGAAGGAGUGAAAGCAAUAAGGCGACCCAAAGCUGCGUUGUCCUAUUGCAAAAUUCAACUUGCUGUUGAUCGUGUCAAUUUUGUUUGUUCCAACAAGAUCUAGACCCAUUUCUUUCACACAACUGGGCCUCAACUACGUGACCGCACUGACGAAACGCUGAAAAACUGGAAUUCUUUAAAUAAUAAGCGCUAGCACCAUAGACCAUUUUGUCGCGGGAGCGAUUGUCGUCAUGAAGGACACUGCACGAAGCUACUCUAUUUCUACAGCUAUUUCUACUAUAAUUUCUACAACAAUAAUAGUGUAGACUGCUUGUAGAACCGUAGACUGCAACGUACAUUUAGCGAAGCACAUGUUAUAUAACAGCAAGCAAUACCCAAUAACAAUAUUACGAGAAUAACAACGAGAAACUUCAUAAUUUUUGGAUAUCUAUGGUGUAUAUCGAGCAUUGUUUACCAGAAAAAGAGUAACUUCAUAAUCUACUCAUUUCCAACACGUCCAAAUAGCCUACUUAAUCAGCCAUCGUGGUGACGAUAAAUUAGCAACCGUGAGAUUGUUCACUACUUUACGUACAGCCACAGCCACCGAAAAGGCAACGUUGACAACUAAUCUAGCUAUAGCCAUCACCAACUCUAUCAUAACAACAUCGAGGAUAAAGAAAACCAUCAAGCAGGUCCUGUUAGGUUUCUAUUCAACGUCAGGAAGUGAAGCAGGACAUCAACCAAAGGACAUCACUGUGCAUCGUGCAUGAACAAAAGUCAACAAAGAACAAUCGACCGCCGCAAGCACAACAGGACAUCAGUCUGCAAUAUUCAACCAGACGAAAUCAGAACUAAGUCAGUUAAACCGAAUCAACUUAUAUCUACCACCUUCAAUUUCGUAGUAGUAAAUGCCGCUUGAAAUUGUCGAUAACAGUAACAGCAACAACAACAGCAGCAACAAUAAGUUGAUAAUGCAUCAAACCAAUAAACAAAGAACGAACGAAAAAACCAAUUAUCUAAUUAAGGUUCUUUGACUUUGUAGUAACGAGCGCCUGUCGGUGCCCAGGGCGUGCCACUCUUCUACAAUUGUAUCUAUGCGAAAAAAACAGCAGUCCCAUUCUUCAACCUACCAAUAUACAAUUUCGAUAAACAGUAAGAAACGGAACUACCGGAUUCAAGUGUACACGUUUCCAGUGCGUCAAGAACUACAAUUAUAGCUUUUGUAAUUGUUGUUUCUACUAGAACUUAUCUCCUAGUCUCCAAAGCAGAGUCUCUCCAUACGCACGAACGCAUAUAAACAGUUAUCAUAUUUCCAAACGUUCAGCUCAAUCAGUCAGCAAAAAUAAGUACGCAAUGAGCAGAAAAUGCCACUUAUCAGUGAGUAACAGAUAAAUAUCACCACUGCAACUAACUAAUUACUACAUAUACUAAUUAGCGCGUAAUUAGUACUACUAAGUACUUGGUACAGACCAAGCAAUGAGUCUUGUAGCCGGACGUACAAAGGUACUCGACUAGUACUGCAGUACCACUUGAUCGAUUUCAAAAAAAAAAAGAAGAAAAACACGGGAAACACUUAAAUUAACGGAACGCAAUAAAUAUCGGACCGCAUCGAACGGCCGCAGUCCUCGACCAGAGCUAGAAAACAAGUCAUUUGAUUGUUGAUCAAGCAACGAGAAUUAUCGUGGCUCGGAUUAGAGAGUAGAAGAUACGGCUAGAUCAGGACACAGUCCCCAAAGGACCCGUCACGAGUGUCACGUCACCACUGGCACGACGUGCAACCUCGCUUCAACAUCGAGCAGACCAAAAGAAAUAUAAAAAAAAAAAAAUUAGUGACUAGACAAGUACGACCGUAUAAUACCGUGCCGGCCAUCAAACAAGACAAAUCAGCCUAGAUUAAUUAGCAUCUAUAAAAAUAAACGGCAAUGAAGCACUAGAAAUCCACAGGGAAACAAAUUAAAAUUUUCGCUUCAGAGAGAAGACCCUUCCUCAAAAUAUACAAGCAGGCCCUUUGGUGCCUAGAAAAGAGCUGUACAGAGCUACAGCAAAGCGACGGGAAUCAAAUCAAGUUGAACUAAUAAGAAGAAAUUUUCUAAGCAAUCGGCCGAUCGACUAUAUAGACUCUACAAAAACGUCAUUCCUAAACUGUUAUCCCGCUGCAAAUAUAUAUAUACACACACAUAUAAAUAUAGCCAUAUAUAUGCAUGUAUGUAUGUAUAUAUAUAUAUAUAUAUGUAUCCAUGUAUAGUGGUAGGAGGAGCAGUGCGGAAAGAGAAAUCGGCAUGACACAAAAGCCCGUCUCCAGCCGAAUAUAAAGAGGCCGUCACUUAACAGUACGUUGCUCGUCAGUCACUAGCCAAUUAAAUUCAACUACAUAAACUACUAAUAUUCUACUACCGCUACUAAUAAAUAAUAAUCAAGUGCGUCGUUAUUCUCGACCGUUAGCUUCAAAGCAGCCCGUCGUCUUCAGACCCGAACACAAUCCCACUGCCUUCUGCGUGAUAUCCAUCGGGCCAAUUAUCGAUCGUCCGCUACUCGAACGAUUGCCCCAGUGUUUCUUCAGCGAUUCCAACUUUGACGGCAAAACAUUUCAAGCAGCGGUUUUCAACAUGGCCGGGGCGACCCUUAGCUAGUAACGACGAAGGGUGAAAGCACGUAAUCAAAACCCAGAAACAAGCCAAUCAACUUAAGUUCAACAACAAGAACGAAAAGUGCGUACAACAUCGGUAGAAAAGAAACAGUGACAAGAGGUUAAUUUCUGAACUUUAGGAACAAGGGCACAUAUAUAAUCACUCUCACUGUUUUUCUCUCGGUAUUGAAGAACAAGUCGAAAAGCCUCGUUGAGAAGACGGCGGAAUACCGGAAGAAGUCCAGUGAGGGAAACGUUCACAUCUAGAGUGAGCAAGAUAACCAGGGCUUCGUCAUCGAAUGAGAGCGUGAAAACGGGACGAACAACCGCUACCGUACCUCCGUCAGUAUAGAAGAAUCAUUAGCGGCAAAAAAGAAACAACAUCAACUAUAUUAUACGUAACAAUACUAUAUUGACUGAGCUAGUCUUGAACAGCAUGGCGGAAUUCACUAGGAGCUUCAGGGGCUGCAUUAAGCGGAGGGCAACUUCCGCCUGGUUUCUAGUGGCGUUCACAAUGGUCUUCUACUGCCUCAGGGCAGUUCAGACUGAGAGGGUCCUCCUCCACCAGAUGGCAUCCGGCAGCAGCGGUCUAAGACCGGGUCAAACGCAGCGCGGUCAAAAUAUCACGCACAUACUCAAUGCCUUUUUCACCAAAGGAUAUGACAAGCGAGUUCGACCCAAUUAUGGAGGGAAUCCCGUGGAAGUUGGUGUCAGUAUGCAGAUCGUCAGUAUCAGUACCGUAUCAGAAGUGCAGAUGGACUUCACGUCGGAUUUCUACUUUCGACAAGCCUGGAGAGACGAACGUCUCUCUUUCGUCAAGAGUCCCGACCUAGACCAGAUGACGGUCGGAGCAGAAGUGGCCAACAAGAUCUGGGUGCCAGAUACGUUUUUUGCUAAUGAGAAGACUGCCUAUUUUCAUGUGGCUACGACGCCCAACACUUUCCUUCGAAUUAGCUCGGAAGGACAGGUCUACAGAAGUAUUCGAUUGACAGUGACAGCCAGCUGUCCGAUGGAUCUUCGAUUCUUCCCAAUGGACAGACAAUCAUGUACUAUUGAAGUCGAAAGUUUCGGCUAUACAAUGAGCGAUAUCCGCUACAAAUGGAAGGACGGACCCAACUCGAUUGGAAUCUCGAAAGAAGUCGAGCUCCCUCAAUUCAAGGUGCUCGGCCACGUGCAGAAAAUCUCUGAGGUGUCAUUGUCGACGGGCAACUAUUCACGUCUAAUCUGUGAAGUCCGCUUUGUGAGGUCCAUGGGCUACUACCUCAUUCAGAUCUACAUCCCAGCCUCACUCAUUGUCGUCAUCUCGUGGGUGUCCUUCUGGCUGCACCGAAACGCAACCCCGGCACGGGUGUCUCUGGGAGUGAUGACCGUGCUGACAAUGACCACCCUAAUGUCCAGCACUAACUCCCAAUUGCCCAAAAUAUCCUACGUCAAAUCCAUCGACGUUUUCCUAGGAACAUGCUUCGUCAUGGUGUUCGCGUCCCUUUUAGAAUAUGCAGCCGUGGGUUACUUGGGCAAACGCGUGGCGAUGAGAAAGUCACGCGCGCAGCAGCUGGCCAAACUGGCAGAACAGGCGCGACAAGAACGAGCACGUCAAGCUGCGGCCCAAGAGGCCGCCCAGAGCCAGCACCCAGAACCGCCAAUGCCACCUAUGCCAACGAGUGGUCUCGGUGGGAUAAUGGGUCCUCAAAGCCCCGAUCAGGGAAUGCUGCCGCCCCUCGUUAAAGGUUUUGGUGGGGGCUGCCCAACUUGCCCCACAAUGAUGCAGAGCCAACCACAGCAUAUGCCACCAUGCUUCACGAUGACGCUGUACGAUAAUCAACUCCGGCGGAUCGGCGAUCAGUGCUGCCCUGGAGUUCGGGGUUGUACCAUCUGCUCGACUCAGCAACAGCAGCAACAGCAGCAACAACAACAACAGCAACAGCAGCAGCAGCAGCAGCAGCACUCGUUGAAGAAGUCGGACUCGAAGAGCUCGCGCAAGGAGUCGACGGCGCAGACUCCUGAGGCGGCCUCGGCGCCGGGCGGCGCCGGCAGCCCGGCCGAAAUCGAGGCCGCGCUCGCCGGCAAAAACCCGAAUAAGCUCUUCGGGGUGAACCCUUCUAACAUCGAUAAGUACUCGCGCGUCGUGUUUCCCGUCUGCUUCGUGUGUUUCAAUCUCACGUAUUGGGUGAUCUAUCUGAGGAUCUCCGACGUGCAGUACGACGAACCAACUAUCCUUCACUGAGCUGGGCACGUGCGCAGAGAGAUACGUGUGGAAAACAUCAUUCUCGACUACAUCAUCAUUCCUACGUAUUAAAAAUGUAUUAAGAUAAAAACAAACUCACUACAGGAAACUGCUAUAGCUACUACUACUACUACGUUUACUAGUGCUACGGGUUAAGUCACAGACAACUAAUAACAGUAUAAAAAAGAAAAAGUUUCUCUAGCCAAGAAAAGGGGCUCCAUCACAAGAACACUAGAAGAAUUGCUGCUCGCGAAAAAAUCGACACAAGAGGGCCAAUGAUCUUUAACGGCAAGAUUUUCUACAAAAGAAAAACUACGCGAUAGAAAAGUAACUCUACCUGAUCGUAAGGCAAGUAUUAGCAAAGAGAAACAGUAACGACUAAAAUGUAGCCUUCGCAGCUUAACAUCUUUCAUCCGUAGGGAUCAUCAACCGCAAAACAAAAAAUACCGCAGGACACAGUUAUACUUCUAUUAUUAUGAAGACAAUAGGACAAAUGAGAGGAAGCACUACUACAAAGCAAUAGUCACAGUGAAUUAUGAUAACCCUAUCAGUAAUUCUAUGCUGGCAUCCCACAGCUCUUCGCUUGUAUACCACUAAAAGACAAGACACAAUAAUAACAACAACAACAACAACAGCAUUUGUGUACACACAACAAGAAAAACAAACAUUAACAGACACAGAUCAAGUAAAGGAAAGCGACAGCAGCUAACGAGGUCAUCGAUGAGAUGAAAAGCGACAAGAUGGAAAAGAAAAGAAAGCAGACGCAGGAAGACAGGACCAAGUGAAGAAAAAAAAAAAGGCCAAAACGCAACAAACCAGGAAACGGCCAACAAAACCAAACUCGACAAAUAACUACACCAUCAGUAUCAGCAUAUGCAGUACCCCCGCAUAUCCGAAACACAAUACAGGAAGGCUCUCGAAGUUCUUCGUGUAUUUCGUGCAGCAUCCAGAUGGUACCGUGGACAUGUGUUGUGUCCCCGUGCCGUCCGCUAUCGAACCAUAAGAUAAACCAGUGCAGCAAGCCCGAGAAACAACAGAUCAACAACUACAGAAAUCGACAGAAUGAAAGGGACUUAGAUCGCCAUGUUGAUUGCCAUGUUGUACAUAAAUACUGAUAUGAAUAAUAUCAUUAUUACCACAACUACUGUUAACGUAUACAUAGUAUAUGAUUCUUGCUGAUUAAUUACCAUUUUUUAACAACCAAUGACUGGCCAAUGACAGUCGGAUUAUUACUUCGAUAACUACAAGUAGUGGCUAAAUAUGUUGGGGAAAAAUGUGCUAUAUUUGAUUGUUGUUAUUUAUUACUAGAUUACUACACUCUUCAUUAGUACAAUUUGUAAAACAAAGGAGAAUUUCUAUCGUUCCUACAUGCUGAAAUAAUGAGUGUCGAUGAUGAAUUCCUUAGCACCGAUGAUAAUACCAACACAGUUGUACAGUUGUUAAAAGUCUAACCCGAGCAUUUAUUCACAGUGUUAUCGCUGUGGAGUCAACAUAGCAGAAACCUCACUUAUAAAGCGGACUCACCCCAGUUCUGAUCGGUUCUACCCCAAUCAGUCAGAGGCUGCGUUUAGCCGAGUCCGCGACUUAGCCGCUAUCCAGUGAAAAUAUCAAUUGUCAUCUGUGUGUCUAUCUAACUUGAUUGCAAUGUGUGUGUCUCUUAAUAACGAUCUGUUUCUUAUCUAUAGUACUACUAUAGCUAUGAUUCCACUUCUAAUUAUAAAUUGUCUCAAAAAACAACUCUGACCUGUACGAGUGUUAACACUACACGUGGACAGUUAUUACCGUUCAAGGCUGGCCGAUUCAUGCCCCAGUGUCCUCUGGUGUUGUUGGAGGGACGGGCAUUUCGAGCCGGCGAGAGGGAUCUGUCGGAUCUCUCGACGCUCGCUCUUCGAUGAGCAGACGUCGAGGCCUACAACAGUGAGAAGCCGGGGCGAAUCGAGAAUCUGUUCAACGACGCGCAACUUCAUAAACCCACAUGGAGAAAUCUUGAUAACGUUGCCUUGACUGAAAAUUGAAAGCGACUAGUGAAAACGAAGGGACUCACAAUCUAUCGGCACUCUCUGAAGGUUUGGUGAUGAAAAUUACGAUUCUUAAACAUGAAUAAUGGAUCGAACAGUCAGAUGGAUUACGAGACAGGAUAUCGCUGCAAAGCAAAAACAAUAAUCGGCCUUUCAAACCUUCGACCGCUUCGGCACUUCACGGGACGCGUCCAGUUUGGACCGUCUUCAUGAGCUCCUCACCGUCUCAUAUCAAGAGUGACCCUCAACUCAGCAAUGACCACUUCAGUUGCGCUAGUCAAGACUCUUUGCAAUUCAAUAAUACAAAACCAAAUUUCUUAAGUAAUAAGUAGUAGUUGCUUACGAGAUUGUAGAUCAUAUCAUACGCACACCUAUAUACACACAAACACAGACAUCAGUCACGUACGUAACUACAUAACUGAACAAGACCCCUCAACCACUGUCAAUCUGAUCGACUAUUCAAGCUGCAACAGCGAAAAAAACAUCCAUAAUAACAAAUUCGGAAAGACAUCUCUUUACGCAAUAACGGCCAUCGAUUUCUCCUGGUUGAGUCUCGAAAAUUCACGGGCUUCCCACCUCUCCUUCCCGGUUAUCUCUCCGGUAACAAGAAGAACGACAAUAUUGUCGUUCUUAUAUAUUAAUAUUAACUUAUUAAGUUAAUAUUAUUAACUCCCACAUCAAGAACUAUCAUUAUUUCAACAACACUAAAUAUCAUAUCAGAGAAGCAAAAGCAACAGUUCCGGCUAACUUACAUGCUUUUGGCAGCAAAAACGAGACCACAAAUAAUAGUUUGUGACUUGAACGAAAAACUCUGAUACUUCCGAACUCCGAACCUGACGAAAAAAAUAGUUAUUGAACUUCUACACGACACGAGCUCAAAUAUUGACGUACGUACCUUGUACUACAAUUCGCAUCGGGCGCAGCAGGCCUGUGCAGUCGGAACCUAACGGAUCGCUUUGUAUUGUUCCCCAAUAACCCCAGUGUCUUGAAUGAGUCACCCUAGGAAAGCUAACCGGUCACGCUAAUUAGAAAUUGUCGAUAGACAUCAUUUGAAAGUAGUGCCACUGCCAGUUUGCCUAUUUGUAACAUUCAAUAUCGACAACUAUUUCCAGUAAUCGCUUACGACACACUUACAUACAUAGUUGAUGAUCUUUAUCUAUUCUUGGACCAUUUCAGUAAAUCACCUACGUUUAGAUCGCACGUUCACCUUAAUCCACCGUCACUGAUCACAUCAACGCACAAAUAUCAAUCUGAAGACAACAAUUUAAUUGUAAUUACGACAACCACUACAACGGCAUCGAUCGAUCGAUCGACCGAUCAAUCAAUCAGCUCUCUGACGAGCUCUAACGAACGCUGGACACUUGAUUUCAUGACAAAACAAAAAAUAUCGACUAAUACUAACAUCAGCAUAUCGAAACAACAUGAGCAGAAAAAAAAUGUUCAAGUUAAUGAUGAAGAUGCCACCGUUAAUACUGCAACAAUACGUGUUGUAUUAGGCCAUAUUAUACAUAUAUCCUCAUAUAUGUAUGAGAGAACAAUGGCUCAGACGGUUGGAUUGCUUAAAGACGCUUGCGCAUUGCCGAAGCCUGUAGCGUUUUAAUGAAUCGCAUAUAAAAAAAAAUCAUUCUCAAACGAACAGAGAAGGGUACACAACUACAGUGUAUAACUUUGUCACUGACAAACCCCAACAGCGGCAUGUAACUUGCAAACACAGCAUUGCAGUGAUGAAUUACUUAAAACUAGGCUUCGGCCACUGCGGACCUUGCGCCCAGGGAACAACCUAACCAAUCAUCAUCUGACACGACACCCUGCAUCUCUAUUGCGGAGUUACACGGCUAACAAAAACGGCAGACGCCAAGUGUGAUUAGACAAAACAAAGGAACCAUCUGUACUAUGCACAUUCGCCGAAUGCUACGGUACACCACAUAUUUUUACGAAAGAAAAGCUGAAAAUCAAUAGCGAGAACAACGUCAAAGUCCAACAAUCGAAUACUGGUAUCACUUCUACGAAGCGGAAGCAGAGAUGAAGAUCUCGACACAUGACACACAACCAGCAAAAAAAAA